AUGGCAAUUUAUUAUUUUCAGGGUGGAGACGUCGUCCAGGAAAACAUAUCGGCGAACGUCAGCGACGACACCGUCACGUUGGAAUUCCAGAGAUCCGACGGCACGCUCGUCACUCAACUAAUUGACUUCAGGAAUGAAGUCCAAGUACUCAAAUCGCUCAUUCUAGGCGAAGAAGAACGUGGUCAAAGCCAGUACCAAGUGAUGUGUUUUAUAUUCUACUUCCCAAAGGAUUCUUUUAUCUCCUCGGACGCGAUGGCGAAAUUGCGACAGAAGAACCCGAGUGCCAUUCGGUUGCCGGAAGAAGACCUCGGCAGGACGAACCAUUCGAUGGACUACGUGGUACUGCUGAAACACGCAGGAAUCAUAUCGCCACACAUCAGCGAUAUGUGUUCUGAAGCUGGUGUGGCCACGUAUACCCUGCAUGAAGAUGUGGUCAAAUGGGCAACUGCACAAGGAAUCCCAGUGACUUCAUACAAACCAGCUCUGAAACGAUUUUCCACAUCGCCAGAUCGUUUCCUAACGAAAGACAUCGGCGCAGAAGAUUUCUUAUCAAGUUGCACCGACAUGAAGAACAUGUGGACGCCGUGCGAAUGUCACUUGGAGCUCUGCAUCGGUUGGUACCCGUGCGGCUUGAAGUACUGCAAAGGUAAAGGCCACACUAAAAACUCUGUUAUGAGCUACCGGUGUGGCAUUAAGACCUGUAAAGUGUGCCAUCUUUUCGAUUAUUACGUGUCCCAGAAACAGCAAUGUCUUUGGGACGAAUGACCUUAGUAGACUUGUUUUGUACAAAUUUGUAUUUUGCCUUAAAUUCGCUUAAAAAUGGACCAACAUGCCUUAGUGCUGUAUAGAUAUUGUAUGAUAUCAGCUGUUUAAUAUUAAAAGUUAGUUGAUUAUUUUAGACUUAUGGUACAUAGUAAAAUUUUCUUCUUUAGAUUUACGUUAACUAUAUGCCUCGACAUUUUAAUCGAAGUUUGAAAUAAUCUAGAGGAUUCAGAUAAACGAAGUGUAGAUCUAAUUGCUUUUGACAUUUAUAUUACCUAAAUAUUGCUUUAAAUUACGCAAUUUUCAUGCUAUGCAAGAGCCAUCUUGGUCCCUCAUUCUUCGUCCAUCUUUGCUGACAAUAAACCGAAUCUGCCAACUAAUCUACCCGUAGAAACUUUGUCCGGCCCUCCCAUUAUUCCUGCCGAAGUGGAGUACGCUAUAAUAAUAGCAAACCUGUGUAGGGCCCCUGGACCGGAUGGCAUCACUACGGAAGCCCUAAAACUAUUAGAGGAUGUCAACAUCGACAUGCUGGUAACAAUUUUCAAUACCAUGUAUGACACCGGCCACAUUCCAAUUGGGUUUGUUCAACCUGUAUAAUGAUCCCUAAAUCUCAAAGAGCGACAAGGUGUAAGGACCACAGACUGAUUAGUUUAAUGAGACAUUUGCUUAACAUAUUUCUUCGUAUACUCCACACAACAAUGUUCAGGAAGCUAGAAAAGCUAAGCGGCGAGACACAAUUUGGUUUCAAGAACGAACUCGAGACACGCGAAGCAGCAUUCUGCUUGAAUGCGUUUGUACAGAACUACAUGAUACACUGCAACGAAAGGUUAUAAUCAUCACAUUCACAUUCAAAAAGCGUUUGACACCGUAAAAUACGAUGCAAUGAUAAAAAUGCUGCACAAUGCUAAUGUUGAGGAGAAAGAUAUAAGAGUUAUCCAGAAUCUCUAUUGGAAUGAAAAAGCACGAGUUAGGCUGAACAAAUCAAUGAACACAGAGGAAUGUGAAAUUUUAAGAGGAAUGCGACAGCGGUGUAUUUUGUCUCCUGUGCUGUUCAAUAGUGAUGUUGAAAAAGUAACUAUUCGUUACAAAGUACUCGUUACUUACGAAUACCGAAAGUAACGAUUACUAUACAAAGAGGUAAAUCGUUACUUUGAUUACUUUGAUUACUCUGAUUACUUCGUACCAAUCGUAUCAGAGCGAGUACCUAUUUGAGUAUUGUAUCUACAAUCGGUUGAUAUCGGAAUCGGACCGGUAUUUCACGAGUGUUCGGUAUCAGUACAGUUAACUAAAAUUUUAUCUAUAAAGGGAGAAGGCUAUGAAGAGUUUUACAGGAUUACAGGGCGCUGAGAAGUAGCUGAAACAGAGGGAGGCAAAUCAUUUAACAAAGCAUGUACCCAGAAACAGAUGUCUAUACGAUAGAAUACGAUUUGUCGAGGUAGAUAAUUCACAGAUGUUUGUUCCUUUGAAAAUAAAAAUGGAACACAUUAAAUUUUAAUAAUAAAUACACACUAUUCUUAUCAGGCAUAGAAAAAAAAAUACCUAGCUUAGAUUGACCGGAAAAAAUGUAGAAAUGAUAAUAUUUCUAGACUUUGAUCAUCAACUUUAAUUUUACAUGUAGGUAUGGCAUUGUUUUUAUUAUUUAUUUUAUUAAACGCAUCGAAAAAUGCAUAAACCUGUUAAAAUCAGUAUAUUAAGGGCCAGAUUUUUUUUAUUUCGUGGUAUUUGGGGUCACUGAACACAAAUAUGCAAUGACAGAACAAUUGCAAUUGCAAUGCAAUGACAGAACAAUUAAGAACAUUAAAUACCGGAAGAAUGGAGAACAAGCGAACUAAUUCUACUAUUCAAAAAGGAGAUAAGAGCAGCCAGAAAACUACAGAGGUAUCAACUUGUUAAAUACUACAAUAAAACUUACAACUAAAUUUUUACAAGACCUAAUGAAUCAGAGGAUAAGUUGAGCAGAUGAACAACAGGGUUUCGUACUAGAAGAUCGUGUAACGAUGCAAUAUUCGUCAUAAAGCAAAUUACUUAGAAAUUACUAGAGUAUAAUAGACCAGGAUUUCUAUGUCUGAUUGACUUGAAGAAAGCAUUUAGUAGAGUUAAGACUCACAUAUGUAUUCCAUCUUCUGUAUAAUAGAGAAUUUCCCUUAGAUAUCAUAAAAACUAUUGAAAAAAUCUACCAUAACAACAAAAUGGAAGUCAGAAUAGAUGGACAACUUACAGAGUCUAUAGAUAUAGGCAGCGGAAUAAGACAGGGAGACUCAUUGAGUCCUAUGCUCUUCAAUUUAAUCAUGGAUGAAUGUUUAUGUACUUUUGGAUGCAUUUUAUACUGCAAUUAUGCAUUUCCACUCAUUUUUCUAUUGGAAAAUUUUUCCUGUUUCACUAUUUCCCUAAAAAACAUUUAUUUUUCCUAAAUGCCUUGGUCUAUGUGUAUUUUAUUGUUAUGAUCCAAAAAUCUAAAAUAAUAUCUGGCCGGGACAAAAAAUUAGUAAAAUUUAUAAAAAAAAAUCAUUUUUAAUUAUUAAUUAGUCUGGACAAAAUUAUGUCGGGCACCCCUUGUUUUUAAUAAUUUUUAACAGAAUAGAUUACAUACCAUUUAAUUUCUAUCCAAUAAAUAGAUCGGUGAAGGUCGUUGUUAUAUCGGAAUACCUAUACAAAAUACCUACCUACUGAGAAAUACGAUUCUCGAUAUGAUUACCGGUACUCAAAUACAAAAGUAAUCAUAGUAAUCAGAAUACCCUACUAACACAAAAUAUGUACUGAGAAAUGCGAUUCUCCAUAUGAUUACCGGUAUUCAAAUACAAAAGUAACAAAAGUAAUCAAA